AUGUUAAACAAAAUCGUGUAUUCCAUACGAAAGGAAUCUUUAAAGACCUUGAUAUAUGUUGUAUUCUACAAGUGUUGUGGGACAGUUAUAUCUUUUACACGGCCGCUUCAAUCCGAUAUUCCGGUCCGAUCCGCCAUUUCAACGAGAAACCUAGGCUCAGAGGAGUACGUUAUAGCAAGGGUCAGAUUAGUGAGAAUCAUAGGCGAAGCAGGAUUUUUGAAGAACCAUCAGCAGUUGUUGUUUCAAUGUUCCAGUGAUCGACAAGCACAUGUGGCUUUGUUCCCCUCUGGCCCUGACUGUACUUGGCGUCAUAGUGUACUCUUUGACGGAGCUGGGAUAAUGUCUUGGACCUACACGAUCUUAUUAGUCAGAGUUACACUACGCCAAAUGAACAUCUGUGCGCGGAAUAUAUUCCGGUGGCAGAGGCGCCAACGAAUUAUGCAUUAG